CUCGUCCAAAGACGUUUUGGAGGCCGCUAUGGCGACACGAAUCGCCUCCCAUUCCACCCGAUGAAACCCAUUCUACUUUAAGGAGAGAAGAAGAAAAGAGAGAUCGAGAGAAGGACCGCGCAAUGGCGUGCCGAGCUGCUCUUCCCCGCGUUGCUUUCCGGGCUCCGAUUUCGGCUUCUCCUCCCGCUUCCUCCUUUCCGUCCCAAAUCUCACGUUCCGCCUUCCCUCCCCGCCGUGUUAUCAGAUACAGGGUUCAUUCAGAGGCCAAGUUGGGAACUGUGACUCAAGUAAAGGAGGACGCCUGUCCUUCUAACACAUGGAAGAUCAAAAUACUUUAUGAUGGAGAUUGCCCACUUUGUAUGCGUGAGGUUAAUUUUCUCAGGGAAAGGAAUAGAUCAUAUGGAGCCAUAAAUUUUGUUGACAUAAGCUCAAAAGAUUACUCUCCUGAGGAGAACCAGGGUCUUGACUAUGAAACUGUGAUGGGAAGGAUCCAUGCAAUUCAAUCCGAUGGCACUGUACUUAGAGAUGUCGAAGCAUUUCGAAGAUUGUAUGAGGAAGUUGGCUUAGGCUGGGUUUACGCUAUAACAAAAUAUGAGCCUAUGGCUACUGUAGCAAAUGCAAUCUAUAGUGUUUGGGCCAAAUAUCGUCUGCAAAUUACAGGACGCCCUCCAUUGGAAGACGUUAUGGAGUUAAGAAGGAAAAAUGUGGGUGAAACAUGCAGCAACGACAAAGUCUGUAAGACGUGAGAGCAUCUGCGAAUAUUAAUCCCAAAACAUUUCGCACGAUUGGACAUAUAGGUUAAAGGUGCGGUGCAAUCUGAUUGCUUGUCUAUGCAGUCAUUAACCCUUUCACAUAUUAUCUUUCAGAAUGUCUUUUCUAAUGGAUAUUUAUAUAAAAAGAUUGGUGCAUUUGAAAGUAUGCCACAUCAAAGGUGAACACUCAUGUAAUGAAGAGUUAUAUAUAGGAUUAAUGUGUCCAAGGAAGUAUGUAUACGGGUUUUACUAGUUAAACACAGCCAGCAACAUGGCCAUCCUGUGAAUGAAAUCUGGGACAUCACAUUUUAGCAAAGUGCUCAUCAAACAUGCUUAUUGCA